CCUACAGCCACCCGGUGACGACCUGCUUCCACAGAGCAGUAGUUCUACUACCUCUAGCAAAGGGGGACAAAAGCCAACGCGGAACACGAGUAGUCCUCCGAUCUUGAGUAAAAAUGAACAAGAUACGAUGAAUAAAAACGCACCGCCGACCAGAUGGCGUUACAAGAAAUUCCUCCAACCAGGCGGAGUUAUAAGACGUGAAAAAUUAGUCGAUUACCUAGAAGUAGAUAGCGACUUCCAGUUGUCUUCACCUGGCGUCGCAAGAAAAGACGUUAGGGUAUAUCUACAACCAGAUGGAGGCGACCUGCCUCCACCAGGUGGAGUUAUAGGACACGAAGAGAAGCAGGUUGACUACGACUACCUACAACCACCCGGUGACGACCUGCUUCCACAGAGCAGUAGUUCUACUAUCUCUAGCAAAGGGGGACAAAAGCCAACGCAGAACACGAGUAGUCCUCCGAUCUUGAGCAAAAAUGAACAAGAUACGAUGAAUAAAAACGCACCGCCGACCAGAUGGCGUUACAAGGGAUCCCUCUCACCAGCACCAGACUCUGGAAUACUAUUAGAAAGCCUUCCUUCACCAGGUGGAGUUUUGGGACACGAAGAGAAGCAGGUCGACUACGACUACCUACAACCACCCGGUGACGACCUGGUUCCACGGAGCAGUAGUUCUACCUCUAGCAAAGGUAGUGAAGAAUUAGUCGACUACCUAGAACUAGAUAGCGACUUUCAGUUGUCUUCACCUGGCGUCGCAAGAAAAGACGUUAGGGUAUAUCUACAACCAGACGGAGGCGACCUUCCUCCACCAGGUGGAGUUAUAGGACACGAAGAGAAGCAGGUUGACUACGACUACCUACAGCCACCCGGUGACGACCUGCUUCCACAGAGCAGUAGUUCUACUAUCUCUAGCAAAGGGGGACAAAAGCCAACGCGGAACGCGAGUAGUCCUCCGAUCUUGAGUAAAAAUGAACAAGAUGCGAUGAACAAAAACGCACCUCCGACCAGAUGGCGUUAUAAGAAAUCCCUCCAACCAGCACCAGAUUUUGGAAUACUAUUAGAAAGCCUUCCUCAACCAGGUGGAGUUAUAGGACACGAAGAGAAGCAGGGCGACUACGACUACCUACAACCACCCGGUGACGACCUGGCUCCACAGAGCAGUAGUUCUACUAUCUCUAGCAAAGGUAGUGAAGAAUUAGUCGAUUACCUAGAACUAGAUAGCGACUUCCAGUUGUCUUCACCUGGCGUCGCAAGAAAAGACGUUAGGGUAUAUCUACAACCAGACGGAGGUGACUCACGAAGAAGACAAGAGAAGGGCGCAAAGGGGAAGGGAUAUCAUCUCCAACCAAGGGACCUGGGAAGAAGAUAUUAUAGUACGUUUUCAGCUUCAGCUUCAGGUGCUGGUAGGGAGAGAACAAAAACAGUCGAAGAGAUGAAGACUCCAGACUCUGAGCCGAUAGAAGACGAAACGACGCCGUCGAGCUGUAGUCAGACUAGUGCUGGAGCAAGUACAUCAAGUAGGAGUUCUGGCGGUGGGGGGACACGGACAGUAUUAGGAGCUGGCAGUGGAUGGAGAAUAGACGGCGUGGGGGCAAGGGGUUAUAGCACGAGUAGUCCUAGGUCUGGACACAGGUCUGGUAAGACAAAACCUCCAGAACAAGACGAGACCAGUUCUGCAAGAACAGCGCUAGAUGAGAAUAGAGCGGAGACGAGGUCCUGUAUUGCAAGUUCAUUUUCUGGGAACAAAUUUAAAAGGACGGCAGAAAAUAGCUCUCACAAGAAGGCCCAAGAAGUCACCCGGCAACUACUACCACUAGUGCAGGGUGCGACAGCAUCAAGGGAGUCAAGCGAGAGGACGAAAGCAACACUGGAGAAGGGAAUCGCGAAAAAUCAUAAUGACAACGCCACCGCUGUAGCAAGUGCAAGGAAAACAGAGGCAUAUGCGAAAUCACUUUAGGGCCUUUUGACGUGGUCCUCUUCAUUAUUAGUACCUCAUCGAUCUAAGUCUGUGUCUGCUUCUGACAUAUCUUUCUAGUAUACCAACCAAGUGAAUGCAAUGCUGUCGACACCUCAUCAUCAUCAUCUCUUCAUCAAGACGACCUCUGUACUUUUGAACCUGUAAUCCUGUUCUUGCCAUCUCUGUCUCUACCUCCAAAGUGCUUGAUGUGUCUAAUCCUUACUGGUCCGCGAACGCGUCCUCAAGCGAUUUCAGGAGCAAUUGUUGGAUCCCGCUUUUAGAACGCGGUCGCCCUUUCCGGCAGCCGAAGUAGAGCAGAUAUUUGGUGCUGGGUUGACGUUGGCUGGGUGUGAAAAUGAGACGAUGCAAAUGCGCAGUUCUGCUUUCGUAAAAGCAGUUGCUAGUCAUAUUUUCUUAUGUAUAAGGAGAUGGAUGCGCAUGCGUGGUUGAAGUCGAGCUUUAUUUUUCCGAAAAAAUGACGAGAAACUAAGCCUGAGGCUUAGUUCGUUGAAUGGUUUAAUCUGCUUCUACUUGUUACUUACAGAUCAAAAAAAAACCUAGCCGUAGCGGUUCCCUCUAAUGUGACGAGCCUACCUGACCGACACAGAUUUCGAAGUGGGUGAAACAGUUCGCCUCCGCUUCGACUUGAGUGCUGAACGGGAAGUCCUUGGUGUACACGUUCAAGGCGACUCCACUGUGCAGGUGGUAGUUCGGAAUACUCUAUUAAGGGUAGGUUAAUGGUGCUUUUGUUACCGUUUGUUAUAAUAUGGCUCUCUUCCUUAGGUGGGAUAAACGAACAAGCGGGCCUAAACGAACACCAAGAGCCUACCUCUAACUCGAGGAUCUACGGCUGAAGAGCGCGUUCCUGGUGUUCAGCUCUACAAAUUGCAACGACGGGGAGCAGACCAGCGGGAUGUGGGCUCAAUACUUAAGGCUCGUGGAGAGUGAAGAUCAACAAGAUGGUGCUCUUUAUUAGGGAGCUGAUUAAGUACAGGAUGAGGAAUAAGGUGAAACUAUGGAAGAAAGUGAGUGGGAUGGCUGGAAUUUCGAGUUCCCUCGAACGGGGAAAAGUGAAACUACUCAGGAAUCAUGUGACGUACGCGUUAGGGUGGAAGAUGGAAGCAGUAGUAUGUAAUAGUUCCGUUCCGAAUCUAUAGAUCUAAAAAAUGUAAGUAAUCCAAAGACGAAGGAGGUGAAUGUAUUGAGAAGUCUAAUUUCCAGAGGAUGCUAGAACACGUAGUGACGCGGUUAGAAGACCCGGUCAAGCUAGUGAACCGCCUGGAGUUGGGACGCUCGUUAGCGCUUGUAGCAAGGAUUGCCUUAGACGACGCUGUCGGGCGAGACUACUCUAGUGCUAUCGCAGGAGGGGUGGAUGUGUAUUGUAAGUUACGAAUGAAUUACGACAUCGUACUCAAAGGUCGUUUCUACUUCAUUGUUGUAGUUUGCAAAGGGCAUUCUGCAGGUUUGAUAAUCUAGCCUAAGACCUACUUCAAUCUAAAUCUUUAAAUGUUGGGAAUCUGUUCUCAUGUCCACGUCUUGCCUUAUCUAACCUAACCUACUUCAAUCUAUUUUAACAUCUUGGGAAUCUGUCCACGUCUUGUCUUGAUCCUUGUCUUGAUCUCUUUAUUUCUAAUAUCAACCGCUCGCAUGGCCCCAAGAUGGCAGAGGAACUGGUCGUUGAUGAGGGAGCUCCUAGAAUCGUCAGAGGCUGUGAGGAAGAUGUGGCCAGGGUAUAGGGAAGACUUGGAUAAAGCAGGCGAGCUCUUGUCGAGGAAGCUUGUUGACUAUCAUGCCAAAAGUACGGGAAAACAAGCAAGCGCCCGAUCCGAACCGCCUAACAUGAUCUUCAAGGCAAAAGACGCAGAGGCAAAAAUAGAGGGCGUAGAUACACAAGGGGCGGCUUUGAAAGCAGUAGGGGACAACAAGGUAAAAGACGAAGUAGGGGAGAAGGUAGAAGACACGAAAGUACUAGACGAGGCACAGGUAGUAGCAGACAGAGGGAGAGAGGGUCCUCAACUAGAAGAUGAGGUAGGGAAGAAAGAGAAUGAAGACUCUCAUCUCAAAGUUGUAGACGACAGAGCUGCGAUAGUGAGGAAGCUGCAAGGAACGCUUUCAGUAGGCGAACGAGCUGCGUCUGCGAAGACCUCAGUGAAGACCUCAACGUCUGCAAUACCAACACCUUAUUGUUAUGGAUGAGAGAAGAAGAAGUAUUUGUUUCCUGCACCUUGUAUGAACUUAGCAUGAUCAUGUAAGCUUUUAGUUUUAUUUUUUGCGAUACCUCUCCCUCACUGGCGGACAUCCUGGGUGGACAUCCUGGGUUUGUCCUGAGGUAAGAGAGAGCCUCAAGCCAUCUCUCCCUCAGGUUACUACUAGUAUCUCUUAAGUAUUUGCGAUGUAGUUUCUCGGGUCGUUUGAUGAUCUUUCAAAUUCUCUCUGCCUCAUUGAGGCAGUCUGCACUGAACUUUGUGCGAGAUUAAUUGUAUCGUAUUGUAUAAUGGUUCAUCUCUCUUUCAUCAUUCGGAGUCGGCCGGAGCUGACGGAGCAUCGCAGCUCGUCUGCCCACCAUUAUGGAGAAAAGCAUUACAGAGUUGCAGUUGUGAAAUACUCCUUACAAAAGUACUAGAGCGAAGAUUACCGGAUGAGUAGGUAUUUAAGUACAAGGAAGUGCGAGGUAUUGAUUUUGAUGCACUCAGAUACACUGAUUGGAAUCAAACACGACCGGGUAUUGAGAUGAAAUUCGAACAAACACACAUGCUUUAACAUCAGGUAGGGAUCAGGGUGCAGCCCAGUACUGGCUAGAUCUACAGUGCAGAGCCAUUGCGGAGCGCGCAAAAGCACUGGAAGAGGACAAAGACAGGAAGUAUAGCUUUCAUUGACGCGGCGAUAAUGAUGUUGAACUCAAAUUUGUAUAUCUUGGAGCUGACCACUUCCAUUGUUUUCAUAACGUCAGCAUAGAUCAACGUACUCAGCUAAAUUUCAUUUCCCAAACUCAAUCCUUCCUUCAGAAUCGCCGACAUUGCCGCUCGCGAAGCCGGAUUAGCCUCCUCCGCCGCUGCGUUAGUCACCGAGAGAAGCAAACUUUCCUUAAGGCCACGACCUACAUGAAGCAUGCUUGACAAGUGCAGUAGUGGAUAAGCAGACGUCAUUCUGGGAGUCUCGUCUCGAAAAGAGCUGUGGUUCUCGUCCAUUCGAUCUAGUAGAACGAAUGAAACAACAAUCGUGUACGUGUAGUUACAAAUAGCUUUCUUCAUAACUACUUCUUUCCAACCUCUUCUCAUCUAAUAUGAGAAGCCCAAGAGCCCUUGUUGAUGCGGAUACAAGACCUCCAAGAGCAACUGGCCUCGGCUAGGCAAAGUUAUGCUUGUAGACUCAGUGAUAGCAAUCGUAAAAAUCUUCUCCAUGCAUUCUUUGGUUGUUCGAUAAUACUUUCGGAUCCUGUAAUAAUCACAUGUCAACACACAGUGACGAGCUGAUCAUGAUGGUCUUGUGAGAUCAUCGUACUUAGUACUACAAUACCACACGACGGUUUCUGAUGAGUUGUACAAGUAGAAGUAUACACGUCCAGUCAAUCUUCAACUUUUCAUUUCCUCAUCGUCGUGAUUAGAACAUGUUGUGAUGUAGGUUUUACACGUGCAGUCAAUCUUCAACUUUUCAUUUCCUCAUCGUCGUGAUUAGAAGCAGCCCAGGGAUUGUUUCUUCUAACUCUAUGCGAAGCAACAUGCGGACAGCAUUUUCCGGCUUUCUCAGAGUCUAAAGGAUGCUCAAGGCGGUUUGCGCAGGGCCGUUAAACGGGAAAGGGAGUUGAAGGAGGCAGCGAUGUGGCGAGAAGAAGAGAUCCGAAAAGAAUACGAGUUAUGAAUUGUGAAUCUUAGUAGAGGUUUACGGAUAUUAUAUAACCUGUAGAUCUUCUAGUUGCAUGACUUUUAGAUGCGUGUGACGACUUUUAGGUGUACAUCCUGAGUUCGGAAAGCAAACGAGGUCCAGCAGAGGAUUUUGCACUUCUUUUGGAUUCAUCCGUAGUACGUUUCCUUCUCUAAGAUUCGAAGAAAAGAAAGCUUUGUUGCGCGAAAAGGUGGCGAUGAAGCGGCACGCGGCUGUUGCUGGAGCGUAGAAACCACGGAUAGGGACAGGUGGGAAAAGAAGUUCAUCUGGUAACUGAAGAGAAAGAUGUGCAGCUACUGAAACUAGAAUUUUUGCUAGCGAAGAUUUUUCACAGCUUUUUUUUAGCAUCCAUUUUACCAAAUACGCGAUUACGAUUUCACACUGUCACCGUUUGUCUUGUGCUGACUUUGUAGUAUAUGCAACGAGGUAGACUUUUCUUGACAUUUCAACAUUGUUCUAUUUUAGCAGGGCCGGCUGCUUCACUGAUUCAUUCUUAGAAGAUUUUAUUAUAGAUUUACGAAAAACACUCGUCCGAGACGACAGUAUACCCAGGGUAUCACAGGAGGGUGACAAAAGCAGCCCAUUUCAGCAUGCGCACAACUGUGAUUUUGUCCAGAUGUUCUGCAAGCAAAGGAUGACAUCUUGCUG